UCUUCUUCUUCUUCUUCUUCUUCUAAGACAUUCUCUCUCAGGGACUCUUGCAACCUUGUCUAGUUACCAAUCUAUGCGUGUUGGCAAUGCAUGAUUUCCUUAUCAAAUGUAUAGAAGAUAUAUAUAUAUAUUUUUUUUUAAUAAAAUCAUAGAACGACGAUUCAUUCUCAGAAUUCUUAAGGAGCAAUCACUAAAGAGAUGUAUAGGGUAUACAAGUCGCUUGUUACGAAAUGGAAUCCUAAUAGGAACCCAUCAAAUAAAGUUGAAGCCGAGGCUGAAGCCAAAUUUCAAGAAAUUAAUGAACCAUUCAAGGCUAUUACUGAGAACAAAGUCAAAGAAAAAUUAAAAAGUUGCGACGAGCCUAUAGUAUCAAUAUCGCCGGGAGGCUCAAGUCCUCGUAAGAUCAUGGAAGAGAGUUUCUUUUAUCGACCUUCAAUCCUUCUGAGAAGUCUUAGUAGAAAGAGUUCUACACUUAGCACAAGCCCUUCCUUUCUACCAAAAAGUGCAAGUUCAAGAGACAACUCUCCAAGGAACGAGAGUCAUCGAGGUUGUUCAGACAUAGAAAAUCCCUUUUUGCAGAGAAGUAUGAGUCGAAUAAGCCCUAGAUCCCCCAUUAUCUUCUCUCAAUCUACUCUUUUGAGAAAACCUCCACCAACUGAAAAGAAGCUUGAGUGCACCCUAGAGGAGUUGUGCUAUGGAUGUGUCAAGCAAAUUAUGACCAGUAGAGACGUUAUAAUAAAUGGGUAAGCUUCGAUUUGUCUUAAUCAAACACUCUAUGAUUAUAUGAGCAUAGCUUGACACUGUUGAAAAACUUGUAUGAAUGCGAGAGAAGAAGA